AUGAUUCUAGAAUUUCUUUCCAACAUCCGUGUAUGGAUUCUCUUUAUUGUUCUAAUCAUCACAUUUCUAUUCCGUUCAAGACGUCGCUCAGUCUUUCCCGCCAUCAAUGAUUUUCCCCUUGACCCUCUUUCCCAAAAAGCACAUCAAGAGUAUCGCACCAACGCCGAAUCGUUGAUCACCAACGGCCUCGCAAAACACCAAGGCCCGAUCUCCCUCUCCGUCCCGAGUGGUCAGAAAAUCGUUCUCCCAGCGUCGCUUACCGCUUGGGUGAAAUCAAACAAAGACUUCGACCACAGGGAGCUUGCCAGACAAGAUUUCUAUGCUGGACUUCCUGGAUUCGAAGCACAGGAUGCGUUGCAUGCGUCUGGAGAUCUGCUUUUGGAUGUGAUUCGCACGAAGCUGGGCCAGAACGAUAGUAUCAUGCCAGUGGUGAAUAGUAGUAUAGCAAAGGCGUUGCAAAUCCAUUGGGGCGAGGAUAAGGACUGGCAUGUCAUUGACUGGCAGAAAGACACAACGGGCAUUAUCGCGCGUGCAGCGUCAUCAGUAUUUGUCGGUCCGGAGAAGUGCGAGGAUGAAGAGUGGUUGAGUAUUGCACAAGGCUACGUCGGCGCAUUCUUUACGGCUGUCAAUGAGCUGCAUGAAUAUCCGGCCUGGUCGAGACGCAUUGUUCAACGGUUUCUACCAAAUGCUAUUUCUUGUCGGAAAUACGUGGCUCAAGCUCGCAAAAUCAUAAAGGAGGUAAUUAACAAAAGAGAAAAAGAGGUUGAGAAUGCGAAGCUCAAAGGUGAUCCUCUCCCGCAAUACAACGAUGCGCUUGCAUGGGCACAAGCUGCAUCAGGCCCCAAGGCAGACGCUGGCGACAUACAAUUGUCCUUAGCAAUGGCUGCGUUCUUCACCACAAGCGAACAAUUCCGCCAGGUCUUGAUCGAUGUUGCUUCGCACCCUGAGCUCGUCGAGCCACUAAGGAAAGAAGUCUCGCAACAAAUUUCUACCCACGGUAUAACCACCGCUGCGACAAACAACAUGGUCCUGCUCGACAGCGUUCUGAAAGAGUCGCAGAGACUUUCCGCUCCCAUAGUGGCUCUCGAGCGCGUAGCCCUCAAAGACACAACCCUCCCCACCGGCGAGAACCUCCCACGCGGCUCCCACAUCAUGGUUGACUGCACCGAUCUCCGGAGCCCCAACAAAUACCCCAGCCCCGACCACUUCGACGGAUACCGUUUCCUGCGCAAACGCGAGGCAGGCGAUAAAUUCGCUCAGUUCGUUCAAUCAGGCCCGGACUUUAGCGUGUUUGGCGGUGGACGCCAUACUUGCCCCGGACGCUAUUUCGCUAGUAAUGAAGUGAAACUCGCGAUGGCACAUAUAUUGCUGAAGUAUGAGAUUAGGAUGGCGAAGGGGUACCAGUCGAGUAUGGUACAGAUGGGCGUGUAUAAAAUGGUUGAUCCGGUGGUUCAGCUUGAGGUGCGGAGGAGGAAUGUUACGGAGAUGGAUUUGGUUUAGUUGACGGUAUCUUUGGUAUGAAGAAUGAAGAGG